GAGGUUGACGUAUUGUACAUCCUCUUUCACCUAAAAUAAAGCCUCCUGGUCAUAUGCUAACUUUUUUUUUUUUUUUUACUUUUGUGCAUUUAAAGACUCACGACGAUGAAAGGAGGUACGGUCUGUGCAGAUCCAAAGAAGCCGUGUGUGGUUCAUAGAGCAUACACUAAACCAUCACUUAAUCCAUGUCCCUGCAUCAAGAUAUCAAGUAAAAUUGUUCCUCUCCUCAAAACAAAAAGUUACUAUCUGCAGAAAUCAGCCCUCUGUGACAUCACAGCUGCUGUACUCAAAACGGAGAAAGGACGUACGGUCUGUGCAGAUCCAAAUAAGCCUUGGGUUAUUAAAGCCAUGAAGUUUGUGGAGGACAAAAGGAGGACUGUUUCUACUACAGCAAGUGCCAUGUUUACUGCUUCUGAGCCCACAGUGAUUACAACAGAAACCAUGCAGUUUGUGGAGGACAAAAGGAGGACUGGUUCUUCUACAGCAAGUGCCAUGUCUACUGCUUCUGAGCCCACAGUGAUUACAACAGUCAACCACAAGACUCUCUUGUCCACCCUCAGGAGACUUGGAAUUCAUGGAGCAUCAUUGGAAUGGUUUACUUCCUACCUGGAAGGACGCUCAUAUCAGGGAGCCGCAGCAGAGGGAUGAAAGAGCCACUUGCGGCUCCGGAGCCGCGGGUUGCCGACCACUUACCUAAACUGACAAGUCAUGCAAGGAGAGCAUUAAUCAGAGAAGCAGCCAAGAGGCCCAUGGUAACUCUGGAGGAGCUGCAGAGAUCCACAGCUCAGGUGGGGGAAUCUGUCCACAGGACAACUAUUAGUGCACUCCAAAAACCUGGUCUUUAUGAAAGACCAGCAAGAAGAAAGCCAUUGUUGAAAGAAAGCCCGUUUUCAGUUUAGGUCAAGCCAUGUGGGGGACACAGCAAGCAUGUGGAAGAAGGUGCUCUGGUCAGAUGAAACCAAAAUGGAAGUUUUUGGCCAAAAUUCAAAACGUUGUGGGUGGCAGAAACCUAACACAGCACAUCAUCCUGAACACACCAUCCCCACCGUGAAACAUGGUGGUGGCAGCAUCAUGUUGUGGGGAUGCUUUUCUUCAGCAGGGACAGGAAGCUGGUCAGAGUCAAUGGUAAGAUGGAUGGAGCCAAAUACAGGGCAAUCUUAGAUGAAAACCUGUUAAAGUCUGCAAAAGACUUGAGACUGGGGAGGAGGAGACACCGCAUCAGUAUCACUGUAGUUACUGAUUAACACAUAGUAGUGACUAAAAGGUAUGCCUUCAGGUUAAUAUGUAUGAAUGAGUCAGGAGGUUGACGUAUUGUAGUUCCUCUUUCACCUAAAAUAAAGCCUCCUGGUCAUAUGCUAACAUUUUUUUUUUUUUUUUACUUUUGUGCAUUUAAAGACUCAUGACGAUGAAAGGAGGUACGGUCUGUGCAGAUCCAAAGAAGCCGUGUGUGGUUCAUACAGCAUACACUAAACCAUUUGAGUAUCAGAAUAUCUGUGCUGUGUUAUUAUUGCCUGCAAUAUAUUUAAUGUUUAUUAACUGUGGUAGUCAGGCUGAGAAACACAGAAUCUAUUUUUCUAUUUCAGCUGAAUUCAGCCUUGUGUUAUUGAAUGUUCCCUGGCAUGUGUGUUUGUGCGUGUGUGUGUGUGUGUGUGUGUGUGUGUGUGUGUGUGUGUGUGUGUGUGUGUGUGUGUGUGUGAGUGAAUGAAUGUCCCCAUGUCCCCUGUAAGAUAAAUCAUACCUAAAAAGGACAAUUACUGUAUUACUGUAAGACAAAAUAAUACUGAGUGUAUUGAUAAGGAUCUUUGGAUCUUAGAAUUUUUAGUUCUAAUUCAUAUACUCAAGUUAUCCACUGAAGAACGUAGGAGACCUGGGCAUAUAUCAGUAUGUUUAAUCUUUAGUCUAUCUUACCGAAACAAUCCACAAUAAUCUUCAGGCUAUCCAUGUGACACGAUUCUAAACAGCAGUCCAGUCAUUUCCCAGAAAGCAGAAUAAGUGAUCUGGAGAAGAAGAAGUAAUAGCACAUUGACAUAACUAUCAUCAUUCAUUCAUUCAUUCAUUCAUUCAUUUUCAUUUUAUCUGAACUACCUUGGGUCAAGGGGAGUCUGUGCCUAUCUCAGGCGUCUUUGGGCAUCAAGGCAGGAUACACCCUGCACGGAGUGCCAACCCAUCGCAGGGCACACACACUUUUAUCCAACCAACCCUGGAGGUGUGAGGCGAACGUGCUAACCACUAAGCCACCGUGCCCCACACAUAUCAUCAUAAAUGGCUUAAAUAUCAGUUAAAACUGAACAGUUGGUUAUAGGUCAGGAUCUUGCAAUAAAGAGAGACAAUAUGGUCUCUCAAGCAGCAACUGCUUGCAACCUUGUGGUAACGGUGGACAAUCAACUGUCCUUGUCCUUGCAUGUUGCUAAUGGGGCAUGCUAAAGUAGUUUUCUCCUCUACAACAUCAGAAGUAUUCAGCCAAUUUUAUCCACAUAGGCUGCUUAGGUACUGAUUCAGUCUCUGUGUACCUAUGAACACAAUGACUCUUUCCUGUUCUUGCAACGAGGUGGUGGAAUGAACUUCCCCCAGAUGCUCGAACAGCUGAGUCACUGAAUAUCUUGAAACUUACAGUAACACUUUAUGUAAGACAUAAACAACAAUUAUUGUCCCUGUUUGCUUUAUGUAUUCUUAAAAGAAUUUAAAAAAAAGUCGCUUGAUGGUAGUAGGUAGUAGGUUGAUGGUAUCCUAAGUCUGUAACCUAUUGAACCAGUAUAAAUGUAUUCAUUGCUCACAUCACAGCACUUUUGUAUGUCACUCUGGAUAAGGGCCUCUGCCAAUUGCUGUAAAAGUAAAUGUACAUUUGUCACAGGGUUUUUAGACACCAAUGAGGUUGCUAGGGGUGACUGUGGUAGGAAGCUCUGAAGAAUUUUUUCCUGUUCCCCUAAUGUAUAAUUUAAUACUCUGUGGUCUUUAUUGAGUCUCACUGAUCGGUCUGGUAUGGGUGAAGACAUGAGAACUGCACUGUUGUGUCUGUUUGCUGUGCUAAUCACAGCCACCGUCUGACAAUGUAAGGGGAUUAACUGUGGUUAAUUUUUUCUGUCCUUUUAUUCUUCCUUCCUUUUUUUCUAUCAUGAUGAAACUAAAUUAUUUGUGACAAUAUUUUCUCAUUUUUUCUUUGUUUUUGUCCAAACAGCACUUAAUAAGACAUUUGCCUGCACCAACAUAUCAAGUAAAAUAUUGUUCCGGUUCUUGAAACAUAAACCAUGCAGUUUGUGGAGGACAAAGGGAGGACUGGUUCUUCUACAGCAAGUGCCAUGUCUACUGCUUCUGAGCCCACAGUGAUUACAACAGGAGACUUGGAAUUCAUGGAGCAUCAUUGGAAUGGUUUACUUCCUACCUGGAUGGACGCUCAUAUCAGCUUCUGCUUGGAUCUCAGCACAUCUGCCGGACAUAUCAUCAUGGAUGAUGGCUCAAAUAUCAAUUAAAACUGAACUGUUGGUUAUCCCAGGUGAAUUAUCCACAGGUCAGGAUCUUGCAAUAUCCUUACACAACAAUCUGGUCUCUCAAGUGGCCACUGCUUGCAAAUUUGGGGUAACCAUGAACAAUUAUCUGUCCUUGUCCUUGCAUGUUGCUAAUGGGGCAUGCUAAAGUGGUUUUCUUCUCUACAACAUCAGAAAGAUUUUUUUUACAAAUAAAUAUCUGAAAAGUGUGGCGUGCAUUUGUAUUCAGACCCCUUUACUCUGAUACCCCUAACUAAAAUCCAGUGAAACC